AUGUCUUUCUUGCGACCUGACCGGUUGAUAUCGACUGUAGCUCAGAAUUCAGCUUGGUCCAAUAACGCCAAUGGCGAGCCAGGAAAGCCGCAACACACUCCUGACUUUGGUCGAGAGCGAGCAAGCCGUGGAGGUGUUCACCUCCAAGAUAACCUCUGGAGUAAAUCUCUGUCGACAGUAGCUCCCGGUUUGCUCAUCCCUUGCAAGUAUGAACUCGUGCGCAAUGGAGACACGCUGGAGAAACAGCAAGACAUCCUAGCUAAUUUGACGGUCUCUCGAAGUCCAAGUCGGAACGAAGCACUCGCCUACAUCUACAAUGUGGCCGAAUUCUACAAAGAGAAGAUAACGAGCAAGGGCGCCUCACGGAAGGUGUCCGACGCGAUGCAGGUCGUAAUGGAAGAAUUGGAGUCGAAUGGUUUGCAUAUUCCUCAUGAGAGGUUUUCCGGUGACUUAGAGCCCCCAAUCCGUGCGGAAGAGGUAUUGGACUUUGCUCGACAUGCGUGUGGGGAUGGACUGGCUUUAAUUGCCGAGCUCCGGGGUCAAAGCUCGUGA